CACGAAUUGGUGUUCAUUUCAGUAACUUCUGAGCACCCUAUGAUUGGUGCUGUACUCUAAUAAGGUGAAUUCACAAAUAUAAACAGUACGAAUGGAUCUUUCACACACUUCAUCGUGAUCUGUCUCCAAGAUAGUAAAUCAUAUAGUUUCUUUUUUUAUUUGUUAUGUUUUCACGAUUUCUUGAUGACAAAGAUUGGUUUCUGGGAAACGCCUCGGGAGUAAAUGCCUGGAUUUGAAUUUGAUGUUCUCUUGUCUAAAUUUUGUGCAUUUGCGAAUUUUAUUGUGAUAUUUUAUAGUUCAAAAUUUUCGUGCAUCUCAACGUGCGUGUAAAAUUCAAAUGUUUCUCGGCAUUCUACAUGCGUGAUUCAAGAAAAGAAUAAGUUCGUUCCGUUAAAAGCAAUCCUAAACGGAUUGCCAAUUUCUCGAUGAAUUAAAAUUGACUUCUAAAAUAUUUAUCAUGUCAACUUGGAAGGAAUCUGGGAAAGAAAUACCAAUAACACCGGAUGAACAUGAAUUCAUCGUUCCAAAGAAGUCGAUCAAAGUUCCAGCUGAUAUGUCAGCAUGGGAGAAGUCAGAAGCAUAUUUUGAAUACUUGGGUUUUGUAUUAGCCUUAAAUGAGUCGGUUCAAGGGAAAGCGCUGAACAUUGAAUGCGCUCAGAGUCCUGUGAUAGGUAAUGUUAUUGCUAUGCUUAAUGAGUUUGACGAAUGGAUAACUCAAAUACCUCCAACUAAUCAACCUCAACGUUUUGGUAAUAAAUCAUUUAGGAUAUGGUAUGAAAGGCUCCAAGAGCAUGGAAUGGAUGAACUACAGAAAGUACUACCAAAAGAAUUGCAUAGAGCAGUUCCAGAAAUAAUCCAGUAUUUGUACGAAAGUUUUGGUAAUCCAACACGUAUAGACUAUGGUACAGGCCAUGAAAUGGCAUUUCUGAUGUUCCUGUGUUGCAUGUUUAAAAUUGGAGCAUUUAAGCAAGAUGACAAAGUUGCUGUAGUUGUAAAAAUAUUUAAUAGAUAUCUUGAGUUGGUACGUAGAUUACAAUUAACUUAUCGAAUGGAACCAGCUGGUAGUCACGGUGUAUGGAGCUUGGACGACUAUCAGUUUGUUCCCUUUAUAUGGGGAAGUGCUCAAUUAGUUGGGCAUUCCCGAAUAGAACCACGUCACUUUGUUGAUCCAGAAAUUGUUGAAGCACAUAGCAACCAAUAUAUGUUUCUUGGUUGCAUUGAAUUUAUUUCAAAAGUGAAGGUUGGUCCAUUUGCUGAACAUUCGAAUCAGUUGUGGAAUGUUAGUGGAGUUUCAUCAUGGAGCAAAGUAAAUAGUGGUCUUAUUAAAAUGUACAAAGCUGAGGUCCUUGCAAAAUUUCCCGUCAUCCAGCAUGUUUUAUUCGGCUCUCUAUUAUCAAUAAAACCGGCAUCUGUGCAUCCUAUUGGAAGAGGAUCUCGCCAGGAUCAACCCAUAAGGCCACAGCCGCCCUCGAAAUAAUAUUGCAAUAAUACACGCAUAUGCUCUGUACUUGUUGAUGUAGAUUG